AAUUAUAUCUACCUACUCCUCCUCCGUCUCUAUAACUUCAGUGGUGGCAUGACCACAUGGAUUCUUACCAUCAACCGGCCAUGGAGAAGCUCUCCGGCUUCCGUGUACCGAAGGCUUCCUUCAUCCUCCUCCCCAUGUCUCUCGUAGCCAUCAUCUUCAUCGUCGUCUACCCUAACGAUCUCCGGUUGCAAUGCCUCGUCACCGCCGGCUGCCAGCCCUGGCCUCAGCUCUCGGCCGCCCCCGAGCCUGCUCUCCGGCUGCUCCUCGGCGUCUUCACCGUUCCAGACGCCUACGCGCGCCGCAGCCUCGUCCGCCACGCCUACCUCCUACAGCGGGCGAGCCUCCCAGCCGACGCGGCCGUCGACGUACGGUUCGUCCUCUGCAACCUCACCAAGGAGGAGCAGAGGGUGCUGGUGGCCAUGGAGAUCAUGCUCUACGACGACAUCAUCAUCCUCGACUGCGCCGAGAACGUAAACGACGGCAAGACCUACGACUACCUCUCCAGCCUCCCGCGAGUCCUCGGCGCUGGCCGGGCCUACGACUACGUGGUAAAGACGGACGACGACACGUAUUACCGGCUGGACAGGUUGGCGGAGACGCUGCGGCGGCUGCCGAGGGAGGACGUGUACCUGGGCCUCCGCGUGCCGUGCUGGCGCAAGGAUGAGGGGUCGGGGUUCAUGUCGGGGAUGGGCUACCUGCUGUCGUGGGACCUGGUGGAGUGGAUCGCGACGUCGGAGGUGGUGAGGAAGAAGAUGAAGGGGCCGGAGGACAUCAUGACGGGGGCGUGGCUGAACGAGGCGGGCCGUGGGCGGAACAGGUUCGACAUGAACCCCAGGAUGUACGACUACCCGGAGGGGCCCGACACCUGCUUCCGCCAUGGCUUCACCCCCGACACCAUCGCCGUCCACAAGCUCAAGGACGACCUCAAGUGGGCCAAGACGCUGCAGUACUUCAACGUCACGCAAGGCUUGAGGAGCUCAAAGCUUUUCCACAUCCACUGAAAGCUUCCAAUUCUUCUUCCUCUCUUUCCUUGGAGACACUCUUUGUUCUCUGUUGUUUGUCUCUUCCAAAUCACACUCUUCACACAGAAUGUGCACAUAUUUCUCGUCGAGACUCAGUGGGCAUGCAGAAGAAAGGUAAGCGUGUGUAUAGAAGUCAAAGAAAGUGGCAAUUGCCUCCACAUUGUUCACUAUUUUCUUGUGGUGUGUAUUACCACAUGCUACUAUAAUAAUAUUUUAUAUAUUUGAAUGUGUUCUGUUGA